UUCGUAGCAUGCCGUGGAUCUCAGAGGCUGGGUUUAACGUCACCUCCUCCCACAUACCUGGCUCAUUUUUGUUCAUACGUAAGCGGAUGGCGGUUUCUUGCAGACGCCUCCGUCCCUCUGUGUAGUGUGGUUGUGUGGUUUAUCACCGCGUUUGUCGUGCAAGUUCUCGAGGGUUUGUGCUAACGUAUCCGCUCGACUUUGUGCUAAAGCUGCCACCGUCCCAAUGUCCAACGCACUUCGCGUCGUCAACUUGCUCCAACAAGUGUCGCGGGCAUCAUGCCGGUGUCCAGCUCACGCUGCAGUUUCAUCCGUUCAAGGUGUUAGAGACAGCCACCAUGACCACCAAGUGGACCUCCCUAAGACUGACUAUGCAUUCGAGAUGGCCUGCUCAAACAUCCGCUAUGGACCCGGGGUGACCCGCGAAGUUGGAAUGGACAUGAACAAUUUGGGCGCGAAAAACGUCUGCGUCAUGACGGAUCCGAACCUGGUGAACUUGCCGCCUGUUAAGGACACACUGGACUCUCUGCACCGGCACAAUGUCAACUACAGCUUGUUCAGCGAAGUCUGCAUUGAGCCCACUGACGAGAGCUUCCAAAAGGCCAUAGUGUUUGCACGUGCAUCGGAGUACGACGCCUUCCUGGCUGUGGGUGGUGGCUCUACCAUCGACACGUGCAAGGCCGCCAACCUCUACUCGUGCAACCUUGACAAGGACUUCCUGGACUUCGUCAACGCCCCUAUUGGCCGCGGUGUUCCCAUACCUUCGAACCUCAAGCCCCUGGUGGCAGUGCCCACAACGGCUGGCACGGGCAGUGAGACAACAGGCGUGGCCAUCUUUGACUACCUGCCACUGCGUGCCAAGACUGGCAUCGCGCACCGUGCCCUCAAGCCAACACUCGGCAUUGUUGAUCCUCUGCACGCUCUCCACAUGCCAGAGAGAGUGGCCGCCUACAGUGGAUUCGACGUGCUCUGCCACGCACUCGAGUCGUACACAGCCAUUCCCUUUAACAAGCGCACGCCCUGCCCGCCCAAUCCCAUCCAGAGACCUGCCUACCAGGGCAGCAACCCCAUCAGCGAUGUUUGGUCCCUCUAUGCACUACGCAUCAUCAACAAGUACUUCAAAAGAGCUGUGUUCGACAAGGGGGAUGUCGAGGCCCGUUCCCACAUGCACCUGGCCAGCGUCUACGCGGGCAUUGGCUUUGGCAAUGCCGGGGUCCAUCUCUGCCACGGGAUGUCUUACCCCAUCGCUGGCCAAGUGAAGAACUACAAGGCGGCUGAUUACGUCACGGAUCACCCCAUCAUUCCCCACGGCCUCUCUGUGGUGAUGACAUCACCAGCCGUGUUCGAGUUCACCGCCAGCAUGUGUCCCGAGCGCCACAUUGAGGCAGUGAAGGCCCUUGGGGGUGAUGCGACCAAUCUGAAGGAAGCGGACGCCGGCCGGGCCUUGGCCGACGUGCUGCGGAAGUACAUGCAGGACAUGAAGGUGGACAACGGACUCGCUGCCCUGGGCUACGGCAGCGACGACAUCCCCGCCCUCGUGAGAGGCACCCUGCCUCAGGAACGAGUCACCCGCCUGUCGCCACGCACCCACACCGAAGAUGAUCUUACGCAGCUCUUCGAGGACUCCAUGACUGUGUACUGAAUGCCGACACGGUUCGGGGAGCGAGGAUUGGCCUAGAGGAUCGACCAAGACUCUUGUAAUGGAGCCGCCGUAUUUCAGCAAUACAGAGCUCACUUCCCGUCAACUUCAUCGAGCACACCCGUCAACUUCAUCGCCUCUUCGGCACCGCCACUCAUUAGCAGCGCAUACUGGCAGAGCACACUGGCUACCCGAGCCACCCAAGCAAAGCCUAAGCUUCUACACGUGUACAAGGCUGCCAUUGAAGACCCUUUCAUCAGAAACAAAUGAACAGACAGGUUGCGCUCGUUAUUCGGCACCUUCAGCUUCACCAGCACAUGUAGCGCUGUUCCAAAUUAGACCCAUCUUUCAUGGCGGUCGGUGAAUUAUACAGUCGAACCUCGUUCAUACGUUUUUAAAGAAAACGCGAGAAAACACAUACUAAUCAGGAAAAUAUACGAUCUGAAGUAACUAAAAAAAUUUUUCAGACUCACUUAUUGUUGACAUCUACGUAACGCAAAGCAUCGCGCGGAUCGUUGCGGCACGAGACGCCGACGCAUGUCGAGCUGGUACUGCCCUGAUGGCCUGAGGCGUGUUUUGUUGUUUUCCUAUUGCGCGGUGUUUUAAGAGGGCGACCGGAAACUGAAAUUAAAUAGAGCUGGUGGGCGACGCCGGAUGCUGCUGAAGCAAAAUGUGAUGCCAACAUAGCACCACCUGUAGCAAGAAAGGGCGGCCUGUUUGGAUUGUCGCCUGCUAAAAGAGUGCAGUAUGCUGCCAAUGGCACUGUGCACCACGCGCUGUAAUACGAAUAGGUGAAGAUGCUUAGCACAAUAGGUUUGGCGGCGAUGGCUGUGAAUGCGGCGUGCAACGAUCCGGGCAGAGAUUUGCUGGUACCGGAAUAAGCAACUGCGUGCACCGUCAUUUUCAGGUGGGACGGGUGGCUAUAUACUGUUCUCGAUCAUGCCUUUUCUUGCUCACAUGGGAUCUAGCGGCCGGAAAACGUAUAUGAUCGCUGUCUUCAGCAAGGAAUGGCGGCAGGUUUCUAUUAUUGCUUAUUAAAAGCAUGCACUAUGUUUCUCAUGGCACCACACACGGUGAAACGGAUAGGCGAAAAUGCUUAUCGCUGUAGGAUCAGCAGUGGUAGCUGUGAAUGCUGUGUGCGAUGACCCCGGAGGUUUGCUGGUACCGAAAUGAGAAACUGAGUGCAUGUCAGCGUUCUCACGUGAGACAAGCGGGUGAGUAUUGCGGUGAAGCUGCCUCAGCAGCCAGCUAUACACUAUUCGCGAUCACGCAUUUUCUUGUUCACGCGGAAUCUAGCAGCCAGGAAACAUAUCAUACUAUCGCACUUAGGUGACAUACUGAAUGUUGGUGGCAAGAAAUCAUGUUUUUCAGGAACGUAUUAACCGGUAAAAAAUGAGCGUAAAUCUAUUGCGUCAUUUUUGGUGUUCUUGAUUCCAAACGUAGACGCCGCGAAAACGUACAUAACGGGAACGUAUCAAUGAGGUUCCACUGUACGUGGAACCGGACAACACGCACAAAUGUUCGCCUCGUCCAUGGUUAUGUCUGGGGUUGCAUUCCUUCAAGAUGCCUCACAGUGACUGUGCUCAUGACAAACUUUAAGUGCACCUGGUGCUGUAGCAUACUUGGAGCGUGUGUGCAAAAUACAUAUACCAGCCAACCUCUGAACCUUAAAGUUUAUAAAAAGCCUCCUCACACAAUGCUGAGAGGGGGGACUAACGCGGAUUUUUCUUUUGUCCAGAGCACGCAUCUUUUGUUGGACAAAUAUGUUCCUUAUCACAAUUACAUACUUUUACACACAGCACAUGAACAGCACCAAACCCACAUCAGCAGAGCAAGCAACACAUUGGUUUUAGAUCACCCUAGCAUUUUCAGGGAAUUUGUCAUUGUCGAUUUUGCCUGUUAUAGGAAUGUGUAUGGAUAAACUUGCUUGAAGCAACUACUACCCCCUCUGCUGUCCUUUUGCCAGCAGAAGAUCUUUGACCAACAAGCGAAAUCUUUUUACAUACACAAUUUUUUUUUAUAGACUUGACACAACAUUCCUAAGAUCAUAGAACUAGCCCAAGGUCAUAGACUUACGAAAACAUUCAGAAGAGUUGGUAUGUAUGGAAACGAUCCUCAGAGCUUGUGCCAGGGACUGCAUUCUGGAACGAUCAUCUCUGGGGACAUCAGUCUUUCAGCACGGUUUAGUAGAUUGACUUCACAACAAAGUUUACUACACCACAAUUACAGCAGAGGGCGCCGGUAGUGGCAGUUCUUAGUGCACUGAAGGGCAAGCCCGGUUGAUUGUGCAUAGUUUUUACUUUCCGUGACAAACUGGUUUCAUCCUUAAAAAGCAACUUUACCCCAGGGCUAACUCUGAUUUUCCUAUUCAGACACAUGCAAGACAAAAAACUAAAUGCUCUUGAUGAACGACUGCUGAACCAGUACAAGUGAGAUUUGUCACAUUUAGGAGAGAAAGCUUAACUCUGCCAACUAUAGGAAGCAAAAUUAUGAUUUAUGGCAUCUUAGUGACUACAAAUACAGUAUAAUCUCAGUGAUAUGAUCAGCCGAUAUGAAUUCUGGGUUUAUACGAGUUUUGCGAAAUUGCCAGCCCAAGUUGAUAAGCUUACAACAUGCUAAAUUUCGAAUGUUGUGGACCACUCACUGCGUUGCACUGGAUCAUAUGAACAGUCAAGCUGCCAUGUGAUCCUCUGCGGAGACGGUGAGAAGGCAGCGGUAAUGCCUGAUACUGGCCGUUGUCAAGCCGGCAGAGUGGCCAGGCCGAUACAUCGGUCGCAUUUCUGUUGCCAGGGCAAUCUACGUCACUUUGCCACGACUCCACCGCCCGCCUCCCCUAAAAAAAAAAAAUUUUGCUUUGUGCAGUAUCAUGCGACUUUUCAGCCAUUUUCAAACACCUUGUAACUUUAUCAGGAGCCAGCAAUCACACGCAACCCAAUCAUGCCAGGUCAGCAAUAUCGGCGGCAUUUGCUCCCAGCUGUAGCUUUAUCUCUGUAUUCCAUGCCUUCCGUCGUCUUGGGUGCCCAGUGACAAAUUGAAGAUUUACUACCUUUGCACCCGUCAGAUUGCACAAUACGAAGCAGGUUUGCUGCCACAAAGAAAAGUAAAGAGUCUCUUGCACAAGUCAUGUCCUUAUCACCAUCAGGAAGUAGCUAGGAUGCAGCUAUCAGCAGUACCUAGGAUGCAGAAGAAAACUCGAGAUAACCAAGUGGAGGUUGAAAUGUCAAUCUCGAAACACGUUGACGUGUGCAGCUCACUGCUGUCAAAAUUUAUAUGAAACAAGCACGCCAGUGAUAUAAAUUCACAUCAGCCAAUAGGAGCACUCCCCGCACACCAUGCAACUGCAGUAACAAAUUGCGACACCAGUUUUCCCUUUUCACACUUGCUUUUAUUUCUGCAUGAAGAAAUACAGCACUGCAGCUACCUAAAUCUCCAUUGUUUCAUGUUUGCAGCAAUACCAAUAUGGUGGUGCUGCGUCAAUGGAAAGCCGUGCACGCAAUCAGCGGUGCGAUAGCAUCCCCCAAAGCCCGAUUUCGGAGACAAUGCACUAAAAAAGCGCAAUUUUCUCAAGUCUGCUGCAUAUUUCUUCAAAAUACUUUGCCAUGAGAUAAGGAAUUGCUUAAAAAGAAAAUUUUUGAGCAAGUCAGUCAUUUAAUUGCUGCGUAAUUUCAAAUUUUUUUUACAUUAUUGGGUGAUACAAAUUUUUCCGCUGUCCCGAGAGUUCGUAUCACUGAGUUGUCAAAAAAGAGGUAGGCUUUACAAAAUAUGAACCAUGAAGUAAUUGCCACAUAGCACUCCACCAAAAAGGGGUAUCGCAGUUCCAUAAGCUUCUUGUUAGAGAAUCUGAAGCAUUUUGUCUGAAUCUGAAACAAGUAUUUCAUGUAAGGUUAGUUUACAAGAAAUUGUUACAGGGUUUUCAAGGGCUGUGCAAAAGUCGCACUCACAAAUUAGUGCUUCACUUCAGAGCAGCAUUGAACACAGCAGUUUUCUCAGCUUUAAAUUUCUCAGUAGACACAUUUUACAGAAUUCAGAUGUCCUUUCUUACUUCAGACUGAGAUUUUCAUGCUUGACAGUGUUUUUUUUUUUUCUUCCCAAUUUCACAGCAAAAAUGGUUGGCCUCAAUAUUAACCAUUGCAUGCAUCACUGCCUGCGAAAAAAAAAAGUUGCAGUUGCAGUUGUCUAUCACAUACCACUGUCAUGCAGUAGAUGUUUACUCUAAUGUAUAAAUGGCCAGCUGUGGGACCGCGUGCACUUGAUACGUGGGCCAGUUGGCCGCCACCUGGUAGUGUACACUGCUCUCGGUCCAAGUGUACCCUUUUGUUUGAAAACUGUGCAAAUGUGACAAAGUAUAAGGACCAAAGGGCUGGAGAGAUUUGUCAGGCUUUCCUUAUGUGUGUGAUGGGGAGCCUAUGAUUUAGCUCCCCAAACAGAGGAUUAUUAGAUAGUGAGACUGCUUAUCUGUCUUUGUAAAACAAGUGUUGUGCUAGCCUUGCCAUGUGCCCGUUUCAGAUUUACCUAUCUGUUCUCCCCCUUUCGCCCCUCACUUUAUAUUUCUGUGCUGUGCGAGCAAUAAAGUUGGAUGGUUGUUA